AUGUCGUCGGGGGCUGCGGUCUCGUCAAUGUCGUUGUUGCCGUGCUUGGGUGAGAAGACAAACUUCAGCACGUGGAAGUUUCGCCUCAAACUGAUGUUAGAAGAUAAACAAGUUGCAUACGUAUUAAAAGAAGGAGACAAUGAAAAAGAGAAAUCCGCCGAAUUUAUCAAAGACGAUUCGAGGGCAAAGUCUUUAAUUGCAAUGUGCGUUUCCGACCGCUACAUUGAAAUAAUAAAGGAUGGGAAAACAGCGAGAGAGAUGAUUACGUUAUUGGAAAAUACAUUUGAGAGAAAAAGUGUCUACAACAGGUUCUACCUAAAACGCAAAUUAAUAACUCUAAAGUGCAAUGAGCCAUUAGAAACAUACCUCAUAAAGUUCUCAUCAAUUGUUAAUGAUCUCCAGGCGAUUGAAGUCAAAAUUGAUGAUGAAGAUAAGAUUUGUUACCUGCUGUCAUCGCUGCCUAAGGAAUAUGAUCCUGUAAUUACAUCCAUCGAGACCAUGGCUACAGAGAAGAGACUGACAUUUGAUUUUGUAAAAGCCAGAUUGCUGGACGCUGAGACAAAAAUCAUCACAAACAAGGACACAACCGAUCAAGAGAGUGCAUUCAUCACAUGUUUUACUUGUGGUAAGCCGGGACACAAAAGCUAUGAGUGUAAAGAUAAGAUUAAUGAAAAAGAGCCACAUCGAGGCAGGAGCCGUGGGAGAGCUGCUGGCCGAGGUCGCAGAGCUGCACGAGGACAACCCACACGAGGUCGAGGACAACGUGGUCAAGCCCAAGAGACAUCCCUAGCUGGUAAGGUGGAAGUUGGAUUUUUUGCCAGUGAAUACAUGUUUGGAUUAACUGAAAAUUCUAAUAUUACAUUUAUUGUAGAUUCAGGUUGUACCCAACAUAUUAUAAGUGAUCAAUAUGAACAAUAUUUAACUGAUAUUAAAACAUUGCAUAAAAGUGUUAAAAUAUAUGUUGCUAAUGGUCAAUAUAUAGAGAGUAAUAAAAAGGGAAAGUUGAAGUUCAUGUAUAAACAUAUAAAAAUAAAUAUAGAGGCAUUGAUUGUAAAGAAUAUUUCAUAUAAUUUAUUGUCAGUAAAUAAAAUAACUGAAGCAGGAUUUCAUAUAAAGUUUAAUAAAACAAAAGCUGUAAUAAGAAAUAAAAAUAUAUAUGUUAUUUGUUAUGCUGAGGGAAUGUUAUAUAAAUUAAAUGCUCAAUUAUGUAGUGAAAUAUGUAAUAUCAGUAAUAACAAGAGUGAUGAUGUUCAUUCUAACAUUUGGCAUAGACGGUUAGGUCAUUUAAAUAAAAAAGGAUUAGGUAUUAUGAAUUUACAGGUUUCUGAAAAAGUUUGCGGCCCAUGCAUAGAAGGUAAAGCUACGAGAACACCAUUUAAGCAGACGCCGAGACCUAGAUCUAAGAGAGUAGCAGAGUUGUUGCAUACAGACAUUGCAGGUCCUACCAAGAACUGUGGUUUAAACGUGAUUGAAAUACCCCAAUCUGAGGAGGAGGGCGGGGUGGUUUUUUCAACAACCCUUGAGGUGCCCCGCUGCGCUGCUCAGACACAUGACCGUGUCAAUCAGCGAAGCAGUGGUCUCGCGGUAAUGGAGUGCCAGUGGCGGCGCGUGGCAGCCGCCCUGCGCACGCGCCGCCGCCCGCCCGCACGUGUCACCACUCCCACCGAUUAUAUGCUACCUCCAUAUGAGAAAUAUGAAAAAUCUGAGAAUAUU